UUCUCUCUCACGUACCCUAAAGUAGCUUUGAUAGUUUCCAUUUUGCAUAUUCUCUCACAUUCGCAGCCUCUCUUCCAAAUUCUCUAAUAAAGCUCUCAGCUUUCUUUUGGAUCUGAGGUUUGAGAAAUUUGCCGAAUCAUCAUCAUGAGCUUCCAUAGCUUUUACCAGAGAGCUUUUAGCUUGUUCAAGGCUUACCCUUCUGCUUCCAAGCUUCUUGUUUUCAGCUCUUUCAGUGGUGGUGGUGUACUGGUGUAUUCAGACUCGAAUCCAUUGAAACGUGUAUUACACGCAGACGCUACUCUUGACUCAGAUGGUCAACCAAUAAGGAAGAAGAAGGUGGUCGUUCUUGGCAGUGGGUGGAGUGGCUACAGCUUCUUGAAUUACUUGAACAACCCUAACUAUGAUGUUCAAGUUGUCUCUCCUCGUAACUUUUUCCUAUUCACUCCUCUCUUGCCAAGUGUUACCAAUGGUACUGUCGAAGCCCGUAGCAUUGUUGAACCCAUUCGUGGUCUUAUGCGCAAGAAAGGAUUUGAGUACAAAGAAGCAGAGUGUGUGAAGAUUGAUCCAUCGAACAAGAAACUCCACUGCCGGUCCAAGGAAGGGUCAAGUCUUAAGGGCACAACAGAGUUUGACAUGGAUUAUGACAUUCUAGUCAUAGCUGUUGGAGCUAAGCCUAACACAUUCAACACCCCUGGAGUUGAGGAACAUGCCUAUUUCCUUAAAGAAGCAGAGGAUGCUCUAAACAUCCGUCAUUCGGUCAUCGACUGUUUCGAGAGAGCCUCUCUUCCUAAUCUAACUGAAGAAGAGAGGAAAAAGAUUCUGCAUUUCGUUGUGGUUGGUGGAGGACCAACUGGGGUCGAGUUCUCAGCAGAGCUUCAUGAUUUCUUAGUCCAGGAUGUGGCUAAGAUAUACCCAAAGGUCCAAGAGUUCACAAGAAUCACUCUUCUCGAAGCAGGCGACCACAUCCUCAACAUGUUUGACAAGAGAAUCACUGCUUUUGCUGAGGAAAAGUUCCAGAGAGACGGUAUAGAUCUGAAGACAGGUUCAAUGGUUGUGGGAGUGACUGCUGAUGAGAUAUCCACAAAGGAAAGAGAAACUGGCAAAAUUGUCUCUGAACCUUAUGGUAUGGUUGUGUGGUCAACAGGAAUUGGUUCACGUCCUGUCAUCAGAGACUUUAUGCAGCAGAUUGGUCAGGGGCAGAGACGUGUCUUGGCUACUGACGAAUGGCUUAGAGUGGAGGGAUGUGAGGAUGUUUAUGCUUUAGGUGACACUGCAACGAUCAACCAACGCAGAGUCAUGGAAGAUAUAGCUGCGAUUUUCAGCAAAGCAGACAAGGGAAACACAGGAACUUUAAACAAGAAAGAUUUCAAUGGUGUGGUUAAAGACAUUUGCCAGAGGUACCCUCAGGUGGAGCUCUACUUAAAGAAGAAUAAGCUGAAGAACAUUGCACACUUGCUCAAGAGUGCAAAUGGUGAGGACACACAAGUAAACAUCGAGAAUUUUAAGCAAGCUCUCUCUGAGGUUGAUUCACAGAUGAAGAACCUUCCAGCAACUGCACAGGUUGCAUCGCAACAAGGGAAGUACCUCGCAAAGUGCUUCAACAAAAUGGAGAAAUGUGAGAGGAAGCCAGAGGGACCAUUGAGGUUUAGAGGAGAGGGUCGACAUCGGUUCCAACCAUUCAGGUACAGACAUUUUGGAUCGUUUGCUCCGCUGGGAGGGGAACAGACAGCAGCAGAACUGCCAGGAGAUUGGGUCUCCAUUGGACACAGCAGCCAGUGGCUCUGGUACUCUGUCUACGCCAGCAAACUGGUAAGCUGGCGCACAAGGAUGCUCGUCAUCUCUGAUUGGACUCGACGCUUUGUCUUUGGCCGUGACUCUAGCAGCAUCUAAGCCAUUUUUGUUCUCUUUUUCUACGGUUUGCUUUAAUUUUGCCUGCUCGUUUGUUGUCUUUUUUGGAGCUGAUGAUGAUGAUGAUGAUACAUUGUCAUUCUUGUCUUUUAUCAACGGAAAAUCACCGAAAAAUCACCGGAA